AUGAAUAAUCAACAUGCUGUGGCCAUGCUGCUGCAGGAGUGCAAGCGAGCUCUGGACACGGUCCUGUCAGCCAAGGCUGACACAUGCGAGGAAGACAAGCGAGAAUACCAACAGCGCCAAGCUUUGCUUCCUGAGGACUUGAGGACCCUUCUGGAGGAGGCAAAGGAAAUGAAGUGGCCCUUUGUGCCGGAGAAGUGGCAAUACAAACAAGACAUAGGCCCAGAAGACAAAACAAACCUGCAAGAUAUGAUCGGCGCGGGGCUCCCUGAUUUGCUGGUCUAUUUGAGAGCCUCCAUCAUGGUCAAGGACUGUGUAACGGCAGCUGCUAUUGUGUUCCUGAUUGACCGGUUCCUAUAUUGGAUUGAUGCCUCCAGCAAACUUCUUCAGAUCGCCAAGGGUCUGCACAAGCUGCAGCCCACCACGCCGAUCGGCCCGCAGGUGGUCAUCCGCCAGGCUCGCCUCUCCGUCAACGCAGGUAAGCUUUUAAAAGCUGAAUAUAUCCUAAGCAGCCUUAUUAAUGACAAUGGAGCGACAGGUACCUGGCAAUAUGCCAAGGAAAGCGAUAGGAUCCUCGUUCAGUCAGUCUGCUUACAAAUCAGAGGACAGAUUCUGCAAAAGCUUGGCAUGUGGUAUGAGGCAGCAGAGUUGAUUUGGGCUUCAGUUGUGGGAUAUUUUGAACUACCUCAACCAGAUAAAAAGGGAAUUGCUACUUCCUUGGGUAUUAUGGCAGACAUCUUUACUUCCAUGAACGAGAAGGAUUAUGUACGUUUUAAAAGCAAUGCUGAGAUUGAUCUGAACCUUCUCCAAGAGUUCGAUCAUCGCUUAUUGUCAGCUGCUGAGGCUUGCAAACUAGCAGCAGUGUACAGCCAGUACACCCCUCUCUUUGUGCUCACAGCCAUGAACAUCCGUGGGGUGUGUUUGCUGUCCUAUAGUCACUCCAAGGACUGUUCUUCAGAAAGGAGAAAGUUCUACUUGUCUGAAGCCAAAGAAUCCUUUGAGAUCGGCCUCCUCACCAAGAAUUAUGACAGUCCUGUCACCAGCAAGCAGGAGCUCCAUAGUUUUAUUAAAGCUGCUUUCUGCCUCACAACCGUGCAUCGACGGCUCUACGGGGAGAGUGAGAAACUCCAUGAAGUGAGUCAGCUAUGUAGAGAGGCCAUGGGAAAACUGCAUUCAUACAGCACGUCAUUUGCAGAAGAGGGAGAGAAAGGAAUGCUUGCCAAAGAGAUCAUGUCUCUGAUCACAUCUGUUAAGAAGCGCCUGCAAGUGGAAAGCUUCCCUAAUUCUGAUGCCAGGUCUUACGUUCCAGACAGUUAUAAAGGCACAGUGGAAAAACCUAUCCUGCAAGGGGAAGCCAACUUUGAGAAAAUUCUUGCCAUACAUUCUCAGCAUCAUCUGUCAGUGUGUGAAGUGUUUGAAAACUCUUGCAGGAUUCAUAAAACCACACCAGGAGAAACCCAAGUGGGAGCUUGUAUCACAACCUUAAAAACAGAAACCAAAAACAUAGACACUGUGUAUACCCCUGAAGAUACCAUGAACCAGAGGAAAGGUCCUGACAAAAUGCUUAAUUCACCAACAGCAGGAAGUAGCUUGGAGAGACUCAGUGGCCAAACAAGAAAUAAACACAUCGGUUCUGAUGUGAUGAAAAUUUCCUUUGAUGGAGAUAUUGAACCAUUAGAAACAGAAAUAACUGAUGAAAACAGUAUUUUCAGCAGAUGUCAAAACAGGAGUCAAACCACUACUUCAGAAAAUUCUUGGUGCAAGCUGUCCAAAACAAGUUACUCCUCGAGCUGGGAGGAACUGAACUGUAAUAGCAGCGAAGAGUCUCCCAGGGAAGCGCAGCAGCAGGACAAGGGCUCAGCAGAGCAGCAAUGUUGCACAACAGAAUCUGAUGAAAAUGGGCAGGCUGCGCACUUGCGCCCGUUGCCUCCCAGAGCCUGCCACCCUUCUUCUCCAGAGCUUCCCCAUAGCUGUUUGGGACCUCCUCAGCCUUCCUUAGAGGCAGACACACCCCUGGCUGGGAGGCUGGUAGAGAAGGCUUGUGCCUGGGGUAAAGAGCUGCGGGAGGGAAGACACCGCGGAAGCGCUUCAGAACAGAAAGCUGGGAAGCUGAAUAAAGCAGACUUGGAGAGUAACGCCGAUCCUUCCCUCCCCACUCCUUACUCUGUGCCUACGAGACCGGAGGAAGAGGAGGAGAAGGAAGAGGAGGAGGAGAAGAAGUCCACCUCCUCCUGGGAGGAGCUGGCGGCGGGGCCGUGCUGCAGGACCACGGACAGCGGCCGGGCGCGCCGCUCCGCCCCCUCUCUCGCUCUCCCAGAAGGAGAAACUGCGGGGAGCACAGGGGACCCCUCGUUUGGCGCAUGUCCUCCGACAAAUGGGGUUGUUUCUGUGCUAUCAGCGAGCAUUGAGCCACGAAUGGCCAGCAACUCCUCUGUAGGUGACUGGCUGAGGAAAUCUGCCACGGUGGGAAACAGAAGGCUCAACGUGCCUGAUGUUGAUGCCCAGGCAGAAACUAUAGAUGACACUGAAUUUGAUUUCAUCACUGUUGGAGAUUUAGUAAACAAUUAUUUUACAGCCUCUGUUCCAGAGCAUCCACCAGCUCCCAGUGCACCAACAGCUUUGCCCUCAGGGGGAGAGAUAUCCACAACCAAGCACUUUGACUGCGCUACUACUGAAGAAGAUGAAGAAAGGUCUCAAGACGUGGUGAGCAGCAAGAGGCAAUCCAGUUCAUCUCUGAUUUCAUGGCACAAAUCAGCACAGAUGCACAAGAAUUCCCCUGAAGAGCCAUUUCUGAGCCCAGGGGCAAGUGGUUUUCUCCUCACACCUGGGAGAACGAAGGAAGAAAUCCUUGAUGCUCGAUUUCUGAGGGAUGAAGAUUACAUGCAGCUUCUGGCAGGGGUAGAACAUAACUGGCUUGUCCAGAGACUGAUGCCUACUGGAAUUUUUAAGUCUAAACAGCUUCAUAAAGCAUACUCUGCUCUUCUUUUAAAAUACUCAAAGAAAUCAGGCCUCUGGACAGGCCAAGAAACAGCUGUAUUUAUUGGGGACUACCUGAAUGUGGCAAAGGAAGGCAAACAGAGACGUGCAUUUUGGAUACACUUCUUGCACCAAGAAGAAAGCCUGGGAAGGUAUGUUGGGAAAGAAUAUAAAGAAGAAAAAGGGCUUCUUCAUCAUUUCAGUGAUGUGGAACGGCAAAUGACUGCCCAGUACUACGUGACAGAAUUCAACAAAAGGCUGUAUGAGCAAAAGGUCCCUACUCAAAUCUUUUAUAUCCCAUCUGCAGUACUCCUGAUACUGGAAGACAGAACUAUAAAAGGGUGUGUGAGCGUGGAGCCCUACAUCCUUGGGGAGUUUGUAAAGCUGUCCAAUAACACAAAGGUAGUAAAGAACGAGUACAAAGCCACAGAGUAUGGUCUGGCCUACGGCCAUUUCUCCUAUGAGUUCUCGAAUGGAACAGACGUUGUUGUUGAUCUGCAAGGUUGGGUGACAGGUAAUGGGAAAGGCCUCAUCUACCUCACAGACCCCCAGAUUCACUCUCUUAAUAGCAAAGACAUCUCACACUCCAACUUUGGGAAGAAAGGAAUUUAUUACUUCUUCAAUAAUCAACAUGUAGAGUGCAAUGAAAUCUGUCACUGCCUUUCUUUAACAAGACCCUCAGUAGAGCUGCCAAUGUAG